CUUUUAUUUUAAUUUCUCCGUAUAAAAUCUAAAUUAUUGUAGCUGGUAUAUUGAAUAGAUGGAAAUGCCAGUAAAGGGCAUACUAGGUAUAUUGGCAACUGCCGGCUCUUUUUUCGCAUUAGGGGCAUAUUAUCAGCACAUUGAUGUGAUGCGAAAUAUUCGCCGAUUAGAACAAAGAAACCCACAUGCCUACUUUAUCCGAAGGAAACUGUAUGCGUUGUUGGGAAUAUUUACUGUGAGAGCAGAUAGCAAAGAAUUCGACGAGGAACCCGAGGACUGUCACAAACUGGGUGGAAUUAUGAAGUACGGCUUCCCCAGCACAAACGAUAUCAGUUUAAAUGAGACCUUUGACUUUGUGACGUCAUUCGAUCGACGAAAUUCCGCAGUUCAGUGGAUGUGUGAGCGGGUAGAUCUUUCGCAUAGCGCUAUCUAUGGGGAUUCCUCAUCCGUGACUCCAGUUGGAGCCUUUAGCCAGUCGGAGGCUUCGAGGGUAUUUUUUCUAUCCAACAUUAAACCCUUUCUGAACCGAGGAUUUAACCUCACCGUUUGGAAUCGUUUGCUGCAGUACGUCAAUGAGAUGAGUCAGAAGCAUGGAACCGUGUACGUAUAUACUGGUUCCAUUUAUGUACCCCGUGAGCUAAAGUCGAAUAAUUGGUUCCUGGAGUUCCAAACGGAAGAGAGAACCAUGGUGGCCGUACCGACGCAUUUCUUCAAGAUCCUCGUCAUCGAUAAAAAGUUCGAGGGGGAUACUAUUCCAUAUGCGGAGGCCUUUGUGAUGCCCAACACUCCGCUGAACAAAAAUAUCGAGCUGAAGACCCUGCUCAGCGAUGUCCGGGAUAUAGAAAAUGCCACGGGUCUGCGGUUUUUCGAAGGACUCGACCGCAACUUUGUCAAUACCCAAGUAACCUCUUCGAUAAAUCCUCUGACAAAUUCUGUAAAUAACCCAGUAAGCAGUACUUUUGCCAAUCGCAAUGCUAUGGCACCACUAAGUACUAAUGAGUAA